CCGGAAACGUAUCCAUCAUUAAACCCCAGCCCAAGAUCAUCUCGAUGGUAUCAAAAAGGGAGACCGGCUACUAGCAACGCGAAUACAGUCUGGACAAGUGGCAGCUUCGUGUUGACACAAGAAGAUUAACAGUGCACAAUUGGUGAUGACUCCGACGUGAUCGCUAUCCCCUCGGGAAUUUGGAAGCUACCCAUGCUCGCCAUUGAUGACAAGUUUCCAUCAUCCAUCUACUUUUGCCUCCCAAGCUCCGUUCUCGCUUGUACCCCUUACAUUCGUCCCGCCGUACCGCAGCACGUAGGUAUGCUAGUGCUGCGUACGCUCGUACCUACCCCUAGCUUCCUCCCACGUUUUUCCAAGCCACCCCUCGCCAGUCUCGUUUGGGAUUCUUGAGGGUUCAGGUCAGAUGUACGAUUCUGACAGCGAUUGCCUAGGUCGCGGUUGUCCUGACUUUAUGCGAUGAUGGUUUACUCGUUCGAUGUGACGGCAGUUGAAUGAACAUCAUCGUCUGUCAUGG